CCCCAGAUCAGCGAACUGCCAGCCGGCCUUGCUAAGCAACUUGGUGACUUCCCGGAUGAGAACCUCCUGGAGCAGCAACGGAAGGUGAAGGAGGCAGCAAAGCUGGCAGCCUACACGGAUGGCAAGGGUAAAGGCAAGCGGGGCCGGGGUCGUGGCAGUGGACGGGGCAGAGGUGCUAAGGAGAUCAAGAAUAAUGAGGCCAAUGUUGAGGAGGACCAGGGCCCUGCAGCCAUGCAGCAAGACAAAGCGGAGCCAGAGGCCCCCAAGAAGCAUGAGAACCAGAAGGUGAACGAGCUUCAAGAACUUUGGACAAUCAAGGUCAAGGAAAUCGUGGCUGCUGGCAUCCCGACACCGCCAGACUUCACUGGAAAUCGCAAAUCCUACACCCUUGCAGCCUCGGAGUAUGCGCCAGCCAGCCAGAGCAGUGCCUCCAUCGGA